GCACUGCGGCUUCUCUCCUCUCCUGGAGGCGGAGGGACAAAGCCCGGCUAGAGGCUGGCAAGGGGGCGGUGGUUCCCGCUGCAGCCAUGGGGGUCGCACUGCCCGGGCAGAUCCCGCGGCGGUGGUUGCACAGCGCAAUUCCUCUUGCUGUCUUCGCGCUACUGCUUGUUUAUCUCUGGGCUCGGAACCUUCGCUGCGGAUCUGGGACGCAGUCCUGCAUUGCGGAGGGGCCGCCGCCUUUGCAGGUCCAGCAACAGUCGGGACCCGUGGAGGGCGCGGAAUGGGAAGAGCCUCAGUGUCUGGGCCCCCAGGGGAUGCUGGGCCGUAUGAUGAGGCAGUUCCGCGCCAGUCUGAAGCCGGAAGGGGACGUGGAAUUGUCACAGUACCUGGCAGGAUGGAGGGAUCUAGUCAGGUUCGUAACUCCCCUCGGCUCCAUCUUCGCCUUCGCCACAAGCGAGGCCUCCGCCAAAGUGACAGCCCUCGAAGCUCUGGUGCACGGCCCACAGGCCGCGCACUACACGUCCCUGGGGACGAUGGUGGCGUGGGAGCGGCCCGAGAUCGCCUCACCGCCCUCGAGGGCUUCAGGCUCGGUAUCGAUGCUCCUGCUACACCGUGCGCUACGCUGGUCCCAGCUCUGCCUCCACCGGGUGGCGACCGGGAUGCUUGGAGGCCCGGACGCCGGCGUUCAGUGCAGCGACGCUUAUGGUACGGCCUUGGCCCCGCAUCACUCCUGGCUCGUCCGUCAGGCUGCCCACCUCGCAUUCCUCGCUUUCCCGGGUCGCGGCCAAUUACUCAAGCUGAUGUGUCCCGGAGCCAGAGAGACGGAGGCGAGGGCCGCGCUGGCCCGAGCCGCGGGCACCCUGGAGGACGUCUACAACCGUACCCAGGGCUUAUUGGCUGAGCGCGGCUUGCUCGAGCUGGCCUGAUGCCUGCUGGAGGAAGGAAGGAAGCAUACCGGGGAGGUGUCCGUGCAGCUGGGGUUGAGCCCUGGGCUGGCCUCUGGGCGCCAGGCCCGUGGUCACCACAUACCCCGCCUCCGUGGUGACGUCACCAACCCGGCGUGGGUGGGGUUUUAGCCUCUUCCUCUUUAGCUGCAAUCUCCCGGAGGAGGGAGGAACAGGGGGGAAUAAAAACAGUGGGGCUAUUCCCUGAUA